AUGAACUCAGCCGACUCAGAUCAGAUUAAGAACGCUAUCCGCUCUCAGGGCCAACGGCUUGGGCAACAAGAGGAGCGUAUGGCCACCAUGCAGCAGGGAGUGCAGAAUCUAACUAGCAGCCAGAGGGAACUACAAACAUCGGUGACGACCCAAGUUAAUCUACUGGCAGCAGAGGUUCAGCGUGUGCUCACUCACCUGCAGGCUGUUUCUCCUCCUACGACUCCUCCGGUUCCAGCGGUGACCGGAUUCGAUCCCAACCGGGUUACUGAGCCGCACAGUGCUUCCAUGCGUCUGGCUCCACCCGAAAAGUACUCCGGAGACUCAGAAGGCUGCCGGCCGUUCAUCGUGCAGUGUGAGUUACACUAUCACCACCAACCGGCUGCUUUUCCCACGGACAAUUCCAAAGUGGCUUUUAUGAUCUCUCAUCUCUCCAGCCGAGCAGCAGCGUGGGCCACGGCAGAAUGGUCCCGAGGCUCGCCUAUCUGCGGGUCUCUGGAAAACUUCAUAGACACUAUGAGGAAGACCUUCGAUCAAACCACGCCGGGCAGGGAAGCAGCUCGGGCUCUGAUCAAGCUGCGACAACAUCAGCGGAGUGUGGCUGACUACGCCAUUGAGUUCCGGACUAUGGCAGCCGACAGCGGCUGGAACUCCGCUGCAUUGUUUGACGCUUUCGUCAGCGGUCUCUCGCAUUCUUUACAUGACCAAAGAGUGGGAUGUACCUUCAUGGCCCUGGGAAGCCGUAGUCUCACUGAGACUGGGUUUAUGACCUUGGUGAUGGGAAAAGGACCCACAAACCGGGGAGCCAGUUUUCGGGAGAAGUAUCUUCCUAGCCGCAGCCCACACGCGCCGACAACGCCUGAGCAGAGCGUGGGCAGACGGGACCGUGACCUCCCUCUCCGUGGCUGGGAACAGUGGCGGCUGGUAGCCAUAAACACAGUGAAACGGGGACAGGCCCGUGGCAGAAGUAGGGAGGAUGUUGUGUGCAUACUCAACCCAGCUGGACACCCACAGAACUUCAAAACGGAAAUAUUUCCCACAAAUCCCAAAAAAGGUCGCGCCAAAGCUGAGCCGGCCCGACAGACCACCACGAAGAGGAGGAAACGGAAGAACUCGGCCAGCAGCGCCAACAGCGCCGGCACCACGGCCAGCAAGAAGCGCAGCCCGGCCACCAACUUCAGCCUCUCCAGUCAGGACGUGAUGGUGGUGGGCGAGCCGACCCUGAUGGGCGGCGAGUUCGGGGACGAGGACGAGCGUCUGAUCACCCGUCUGGAGAACACGCAGUACGACGCCACCAACGGCCUGGACGACGAGGACGACUUCAACGGCUCCCCGUCUCUGGGGAACAACUGGAGCAGCAAGCCGUCCUCCGGCCAGGACAGCAAGCCGGAGAGCACGGCGCCUCAGCCCUCGCAGUAAAAACAAAAGAAGAAGAAGACCCUGACUCCGUGUGGACUGGACUUUUGAACCUCCCCCUUCCCUCCCUGAGGGCCUCAUAACAUUGUACUGAAUCAGAAAAACUCACCACUGGCCGAAAAAUAUUCUGGAUAUUUUCUUCUUCUCUGAAUCACUGAAACAUCUUGGAGAACUGGCACAGCAAUAUCCCGAGAGACAACAAAUGCAUAUGAGUCCUAUGCACCUGUAAUGUAAAAAAAAAAACAAGGCGUGGGUGGGUUUUUUUUGGGGGGGGGGAAUUGUGGAUCAAAUGCUCCCUCAGUGAAAGCUCUGGUCUGGUGGAUCGCACGGCUGUGAUUGGUUGACCUGCAGGUCACAAGUCAUCAUGCUGACAGUAGGCAGAGGGGAGGAAAGAAGAAGAAUAAAAACAACAAACAAAAUGUCAAGGCAACGGAGGGAAGCGUUUUUAACAGAGCUGGUGGAACCACAUUGGAGACAAAUGAAGCAUUGUUUGAGGCAAUUGCAUUUUUAUUGGAAAUCCAGUCGGCGGUUGUUUCGUUUCUCCUGUUGCUGUUUAUUUCCAUUUCCAAUUAAGUGGGAAUAAAAGUUCUCUACCGCUAUCGACUCCAUUCAAACGACGGGAAAUCGUGUCCUAGGAUGGUUUUUUCCACAUUACCGCGGUCGUCACAGAUUGUGAUUUCAUGCAAACCAGUUUGAUUGUGUUCGUAGUCUAUUGGUAUUUUGCUUCUCUCAGAAUCCUUUGCAGUCACGUUGUAAUUUUUGCCGGUCAGUAUGCGAACUUUGCUGACAUGGAUUAAUGUUUUUUUUCCCCUCUCCUUUCGAAAAAUUUGACUUCUUUCCCUUUAACGACCUACUCCCAAACUGAUACUAAAGCCUUUUUCCUGCAUGAUUUUAUAGGAUUUUCAUUUCGUUUGAUAUAUGUACUUUUUAAAAAAACACAUCAAGUCUGAUUUUCCUUUUGGGUUCAUCAGUUUGGGAACACUGUUACAAGGUGUGUAGCUCUGUAAAUAGAGGUGGAGGCUAUUUUGUCCACUGUAAAUCAGCCACUGAAACCAGUUUGGAUAUGGCAGCUGUUUUGUUUUUCGCAGAAGGAUCAGAUUUCUGUCGGGUGGUUUGGAUGGACGCUGGUUUGCUUCGCUCAAAAAACAAAACCCUCUGAUGUCUCCCAUCUUCUCUAGCUAGUGCACAACCAAAGCCACAACGUUAAGUCACAUUUCUUGUAUAUUCUGUGACAAAAGAACAAAACAAUUUUACAUUUUGAGAAACAAAGCACAGACAAAAUCCCAUCCGCCCCACAGAAAACAUUUGAUAUCCCCGUCUUUGUGCUCACAAUUGUUCUUUAAUCUUUAAUUGAAUUGAUAAUAUAUCCCUGAUCUGAGUCAGCGACAUUAUGUCUUUCUACAAUUGGAUCUUAUGGGUAUUUAUUUGUGCAUUUGUAAGGAAGCUAACACAUUUCUAAAUAUGUUUGAGCCUAGUAUUAUUAGACACCAUUUGUACAUUAUAUAGCAGAGGUGUUCAGUGUCAUAUCUGAUGUCUGGUAUGUAUGCUUUACCAUUAUGUGUGCCAAUAAACCGUGCUUACAAAAGAA